AAUUCUUUUUGAGAGAUCUGAAAGAUAGGAAGAGGGGGAGUAGGCCGAUAUGGGAAGCUCAGUGUUGACUUCCGACGAUCAUAUUUCUUAUUUUCCUUCGUCUUCUCGAUCACAAACCACUGAUAAUUCUGUUGCCGACGAUGUGGUGAUCAAAAUAACCGACGAACAAGGUGCAUCAAUGGAGAGUAAAGAAAACAUUAAAAAUGCUGUUAAGUUACAUCAAGCUGCUUUAAAGGGUGAUUGGGAAGCUGCCAAUGAUAUAUUUAAAAAAGAUACAUCAUGGAUCACUAAGAAGAUAACUAUAAGAGAGAAUACGGCACUCCAUAUUGCUGCUGCUGCAAAGCAUAUUUCUUUUGUUGAAAAGUUGGUUAAACUUUACUCUUCAAAUGACUUUGACUUAGCGAUAAAAAAUAGAGAUGGACGUCCUGCCCUUGCUUAUGCUGCUAUAUCAGGAAUCGUAAGGAUAGCUGAAACAAUUGUUGACAAUGAUCACAAGCUUCGAGAUCCUGUUGAUGAUGCUCAUCUUAAAUAUCUUCCACUUCUCAGUUCUGUAUUUUACAAACUCAAAGACAUGGCUUCCUAUCUUUUCUCUCAGACUAAUUUUGAUGCUCUACAGACUACUCAACAACUUAAUCUUCUCUUAGCUACAGUGGACAGUGAUUACUAUGAUAUAGCAUUAGAUAUUCUGAAAAAGAAACCUGAAUUAGCAAAGGAGAGGGUGGAAGAAAAUGGUGAAACAGCUUUGCAUUUACUAGCUAGAAAGCCAAAUGCAAUUGGCAGCAGCAACAAGCUUUGCUUCUGGAAAAAAUAUAUAAACUCUCGCUUCAAUAGAAUUUACAGAACAGCUGUAAUGCAAACAUUAGCCCAUCAAGUUGUUGAACGUCUAUGGAAUUUUGUGGUUGAGAACCUCUCGACAUUCGAACUACACAAGUUGAUAUUAACUCCCUCAAAUUUAUUGCUCGAUGCAGCAAGCGUUGGAAAUGUUGAGUUCUUGAUAAUUCUCAUUCGGUCAUAUCCCGAUUUGUUAUGGAUGGCUAGCAAGGACAAUAAAACCAUAUUUCACGUAGCGGUUGAAAAUCGACAAGGAAAUGUGUUCAGUCUUAUUCAUGAGAUAGGAGGGGUGAAGAAUUACCUUGGCAAUGGUUACAAUGAAAAGAAUGAUUGUAACAUUCUACACUUAGCUGGAAAGUUGGCAUCUCCAUAUCACCUAAACAAAGUAGUGUCUGGGAAAGCUCUACAAAUGCAAUACGAGUUACGGUGGUUUAAGGAAGUGGAGAAAAUCGUUAUCCCAUCUCAUUAUGAAAUGAAGAUGAAAAACGAGCAUGGUGAUAGACUAACACCUCGUGAACUCUUCACAAAAGAGCACAAACACCUACGGAGAGAAGGGGAAGAGUGGAUGAAAAACACAGCAAACUCGUGCAUGCUGGUGGCAGCUUUGAUCGCCACGGUUGUUUUCGCGGCGGCGUUCACGGUUCCAGGAGGCAACGAGGAUAAAGAUGGAAUUCCUAUUUUCCAAAAGAAUCAGGUAUUUACAGUGUUCGUCAUAUCAGAUGUUGCAGCUCUGGUGAUGUCUACGACUUCUAUACUCACAUUUUUAUCAAUUUUGACGGCACGUUAUGCGGAAGAAGAUUUUUUGAUAUCGUUGCCAAGCAAGUUAUUGAUUGGGUUAAUAACACUAUUUGUUUCUAUAGCUUGCAUGAUGGUGGCUUUCAGUGCAACCUUUUUUAUUGCGUAUCAUAAAACAACGGUGAAAAUUCCAUUGAUCGUUGCAGCAGUACUCAUCCUUCCAAUUGUUUGUUUUUGUAUGUUUCACUUUAAACUGUUUCUGGAUACAAUGCGGUCAACAUAUUGGGCUCGAUUUUAUUUGAGAACAAACAAGAAAAGGCUAUUUUAG